AUGAGGGAACCCAUCAUGUCCAUACAUGGCGGUCAAGGUUCUGAUUCAACGCCAUCACGACUGUCCUCCCCGCCUCUAACUCAGCAGCGAAACACCACUUAUCCAUAUUCCGGACCCAACGAAGACAACCGACCAAGUACAACUCCUUCCUUGUGGGACUUACGUCCGCCCAGUGGACCUAUACCACCUAUAUCAUCAAGAAUCACACCGCUAUUACCUGAAUUACCGUCAUUGUCGCAGCCAAGGUUGCAAUCGCAGAUUCAAAGCCAAUACACGCCUGUUCCUCCCAAAUUUCACCCCGAUCCAAACCGACCGCCUCUUUCUGCUCACAGAUUCGUACCUUCAGCUCGUCCAGAAUCACCUCAUCACCCUCAACCUCCUCAACCACCAUCUGUAGAUGCUCUUUCUAGUCAGAUCAUCAUAUUGGAAGAGAAAUUGUUUAGAAUGACUGAACUAGUCAAUAGUGACCGAAUUGAGCAUGUCAGGUACAAUAUGGACUUCACUUCUUAUCUAUUACGAAUGGUAGGCUGGGCAGCGGGCGAUAAGCCUACACCUGAAAUGAGAUCAUUGCAAGAUACUCUACUCCGUCAAAACGCUGACAUGAAGCAAAGAUACGAAGCCUUCAUCGCUUCCAACGCACUGGCUACCAUGGCUAGCGGAAUUUCGAAUACUCGUGAACGAGGAUUUGAAAGGGAAUCAGACGAGAGGCGGGGUCAAUUUAUGAAUGAGCCUCCUAUACCUAGUUCGACAAGGUCGAUUCACGCCACACUACCUACCCCUAGGCUUGCACCAAGUACAAGUGCCCCUGGAAGUAUGACGCCCCUUGUAUCACCAUUAACACGUGACUUCGGCGAAGCACAUGAUUCGUCUCGACCACCUACAGGCAUGACAGUGACCACUUCAGGUGAAGUGUAUCCUUUCCCACCCCCUCCUCUCCCAACGCAUCAGCAAUUGAAACAGCAUGUCAAUUUACCAUUACCAAUAAACCUAUCAAGAUCAUCAAAUCCGAACAUAUCUUACUUCCCUAAUCCGUCUUCUUCGAUAAUUCGACACCAUAACCCUUCCAUCGGAAGCACGACUUCGUCAUCUACGAAUGAAGACCUAAGAAGGGCCCCUAGAGACCUAGGUCAUUCAGAGACCGACGAACCCGAGGACGCGAUUCAUAGCAUCGACAAUACUAGCAGCGUUGCUGCGUCUGUCUCAGAGGCAAAAGGCAAUGCAGCAGCCCGUGGACUGGAUUUAUCCGGUUCACAAGAGUUAAAACCAAGAGGUGGUAUCAGAAAUCUGUUGAAUUAA